AUGGCGUCCCUAUCCGAAUCUCUUGCCCAGUGGCAAUAUGUCGAGGAUUUCCGAUCAACCGUCGCGUCCCGGUUGAGAGACAUCUCGUCCAUGUACGACUCGAAGCAUCCGAAGCUGAAACUGGAUGCAUUGCGGGAUCUACGGAGCUAUCUGUCCAGCGAUUUACCCGACGCCCUAGUCCUGCUCAAGACCGUCGACGACGAAUCCGUGACGAGCCUCCUCCAAAAACUCUGCGUGCGCCUCGGGAAGUUGACGGAGAGCCGUGAGACCAUUCUGCAUCUGGAGGUUAUCCAGGGCCUGGCGCUGCUCUUUCCUCAGUCCGGAAAGUGCUUUUCAGUUCCCGUGCACAUGGAGGCACUUCUCAAGCACCUGACAAGUCGCAGCGAAGAAAUCCUGAUCCACGUUCUCGAAACCCUUCAGGCUGUCAUCAUCGGCUCGUGCGAGAACUGGAAGAGAUUCGAGCAAGCCGAUGGGAUAGGCAGGAUAUGCUCGGUGCUCAAGAGCCGCGGCGCAAAGCGAACCCCAGUCCUGUUGAACAAGUAUAUUGAGGUGUUCUACAUCUAUCUGAGCUCCAACAAGUCCGGAUCUUCUCUCGACGACCGCACAAAAGUCUUGAGCCAUCAUAUGGGCGACGCCUGGGUUUCCCAGAUGGUCAAGAUCCUGCAUCUCCCAGAAUCCAUCGAAGGCUCCUCUCUCUUGCCAGCAGACUGA